CAUAACCUCCCGUCUCGGGUAAGGUAGGCGAACCUACUGUGAACAACCAUGUCUUUCCUAACACUGGAUUGUGCCUGGCAGGUUAAGAGAGGGAGGACUUAACCUGGAAAUAAAGCAAUUAAAGUAGGGCAGAACAAUGACUCCGACUGUUACCAGAAGUUUUUACAUUCCUUCACUGUGUAUGACAAGAAGCUUUCAGGCGUCUUUUAGUCAUCUAAAAUCAUAGAAUACGAAAAACUCCUCCAGGUAGCUAUUAAGUUUGCUGAAUCACCUCAUUGUUCCCCGCAGACAUGUCUUUAUGUAAAAGGGUGCUUCUCAGGUAUAUUGUAGUUUGUGCGUGCACUUUCAUCAACCUUGUGGAUGUGUGUGUGUGUGUAACAUUGUUUUAGUCCCUAGGGAGCUUGGAUAGGGGCAAAAAUCUUUGCGCACGCAUAUUUGACGUUUCUUUGAGUACAAGAAGGACUUGAUGCCUACGGCCGUCUGAGUAUCCGCCCGAAGGGCUACUGGAUUGUUGGGGAACUGAGAUCGUACAUUCUAACUGGUCCCGGCAGGCUGGCAUACUGCAACCUGUUACAAGCAGUAUCACUAGGUGCUUCGCUACCUGAGCCAGGGCGGUUCCUCGAAGACCGUUACAGAGACAGACUUAACAGCAACAGCUGGCAAGUGGCUAGUCACUUGCAAUCUGCACUACGAGACGCAGGUCAAUAUUUUCCCAUUGAGUUACCCCAUUUUGGUCAUUCCUCAAGCGUGCGACUUCAAAAUUUGGUUAAAACAACUUAUAGAGAUAAUGGUUUAAAGCUGCUCGAGUUACACUGGCUAAAGAGCGCUGUGAUCGUAUGUGACAUGCGAGAAGUUGCUAUUUGUAUCUACAUGAUAAAUCUUUUAGUUCUUAUUAAAGCUUGGUUGUUUAGAACAAGUUAAGUUGAUUCAAGAAGGCAGCUAAUUUGGUAGACACAAAACUGAAAUCCUCUGUGGUCAUUGGUGCUCAAGACUUUGACGGAGAAAUUAUGGAUCGUCGAGAUCUUGUCAGUGGUCCUGGUUCCUUAUGUACUAUUACUAGUAUCGGAACUGGAGUCUCAGGUGCUAAUUUCACAUCCACUCCCCGACUGACUUAUACUUCUAACUCUUCGGACUUUCAACCGCCUUACUUUCCUCCUCCUUACAACAUACCACAGCAGCAGCUAGAAUUUCACCACACUCAUGUUGCCGCUGACCCCUACAACCAUUUGAAUAGCUUGACCACUGCUGCUCAACAUCAACAACAGUACCACCAGCUUCACCCACCACAACGUACAACUAAUAUUCUUGGUUCACGCCGAGAGGAUGAAGCUAUUAUUCUCCAAACUAACAUGCAUCCAGGGUUGUCCGUGACUUAUGACCCUGCUCGCCGUAAUGACCCUACGUAUGCUGCUGUACGACGGCCGGACAUCUUUAUGCAUAGUGGUCACCACGGACUAAGUGAACAGGAUCUUCUUUGUUUGCACAAUGUUGGAACUUUACCAGCACUUGAGGAUGGUGAGACAACGGAAGUUGAAGAUGCAAAUAAUAUUUUUGCUGGUGAUCACAACAGUGUUAUUAGAAAAGGUAUCAAACCACGUAAUGGUGAAAAUCAAAAGAACAUAUUUUUAGGAGGUUUAGCAGCACCAUCCGACGUCUUCUGCUCGGUACCGGGGCGACUGUCCCUACUAAGCUCGACAUCGAAGUACAAGGUAACAGUAGGAGAAAUCCAGCGGCGAUUAGCUCCUCCAGAAUGCCUCAAUGCCUCUUUGCUUGGAGGAGUCCUCAGACGGGCCAAGUCUAAAAACGGGGGGAAGUGCCUUCGUGAUAAACUGGAGAAGAUUGGUCUGAAUCUUCCUGCGGGUCGUCGGAAAGCUGCCAACGUCACUCUACUUACCUCCCUCGUAGAAGGAGAAGCAAUCCACCUUGCUAGAGAUCUUGGUUAUGUCUGUGAAACUGAGUUUCCUUCACGCCAGGUGGCAGAAUAUUUGUCUCGAAACGUUUCAGACCCUAACGAAAUAUUUAGAAGAAAGGAUAUAUUACUGGCUUCAAAGCAAAUAAUAAAAGAAUUUGUGGAUCUACUCAAGCAAGACAGAUCACCCUUGUGCAAUACUAGGCCUCAAGGCAUCAUUGAACCCAAUAUUCAGCGCCAUCUAUCGCACUUUUCUCUCAUGACCCACGGUUUUGGUAGUCCAGCGAUUGUAGCAGCUCUAUCGACAGUUCAGAGUUACCUCACGGAAUCACUCAAGUACUUAGAAAAGCAGAUUAACAACUUCCAGAACCCGUCAGCAGCAAGUAUUGUUAACAUUAAAAAAGACGAGAAAAAGUAACGUUUAUAAAAGUAGAAAUAUCUUGGUGGUAAAUGUGUCACGCUUUUCGAGUCAUGUCAAAUGCUCAAGCAUCAAAUACUACAACAAAUGACUGACUGAAAAAUGAAAUCAUCGAACAGCUCAUAAAGCUCCACGUAAGCGUAAAAGAGCGUUGAUUAUUGGUGCUGUUCACUUGAAAAUGCUCAAAUUGUACUAAGCAUGAUAAAUGGAAGGAAUCAUUUUUCUAGGACGUUCAGGGCUUACGAACCUUUUUUUUUUUGACGAGACAUGAAUAAGCAUUUCUCACCAAUUUGUAAUCUUGACGUUUCAAAAAUUCGCUGUCAGAUAAAAGAAGUUGUACGAGAGUGACUAUGAAGACGAAGGUUUGAAAUACACAAUUUGUUCGCAUUUGAAAAUGAAAAGAGAAUCCAGAUAUUAUUUGCCGUAAUAGGUUACUGAUUUUCUCGUGGCUUAGUUUUCAUGAUGUAGCAUUCGACAACAUAUGGCACAUUUCAACGUGUAUGAUUGUUAUGUAUUGAAGGAUGCUAACUUUUUUCAAA